AUGCGUAACUUGAUCGCCGCCUGGUACAAGAGUACUGAGGAUCUGCUCGACUACUGCGAACCUCUGCUUGUAUAUGGAGAUGCUAAAGAUAGCGCACAGCUAGCAUUUCUCAGGGGCAUGAACAGCGCAGUUCAUUUUCUUGAAGGACGUGUUGUUCACGACGACCAGAACAGUGUAGCCUUAGCAGAAGCAUGCAACCAUCAAGUAGGAAAGUUGCACUACACACUAUUAGACAAAGAACAAGAAGCCAAAGGUUUGAAUGACCAAAGCUGGAAAAAAAUACUAGCGGUCAUGGAAUUCCAAGAGCAAAGGAAGCUGAAGAAUAGCUUGAAGGAUAAUACUGUAGGGCCGAAAACCGGGAAGGUCAUAUACCAGGAAGGCGUUGGUUUCAACCUUGAUUACAUUAGCACCCGUCUACUUCACCUUGCUAAAGCAAGUCCCCCAGAGAUGUGA